AUGUCAACAAUCGACAGCCGAGCCAACCCAGUCGUACAAGUCGACGACGCCCAAUCCCGUCCCGGAAAGUUCGACUGCUUCCACGACAUCCAGUUGCUCAAGCAAGUCAACUUGUCGAAGCCAUGGGAAGCGGGCUACGGCAAGGUGAUGGCGGCAUGGGUUGAAGUCUGUCGGGAAGUGAUUCGCAUCCCUGGAUUCAAGAUCAACAAAAAACCCGAGGGCCUCAAGACCCGGUUUGAUCUGCUGAUCAAGACGCACUGUGAAGGCGAGAUGGCUUCGAUGCGCAAGUCCGGUACCAGCGAGGAUUAUACCGAAAGAGAUCUUCUGCUGACGGACAUCAAGGCCCGCAUGGACGACUUCGAUGAAACCGCAGCCGCCCGGAAGGACAGCGUCAAGCGCAAGAUCGACAGCAUUGAGAACUCUGGGACGUUGAUGCGGCGCAUGGCAAUGGGGAAUCUCGACGGCCAGGGCGACGAAAAGGAUGAAACGCCAAGGAAAAAAAAGAAGAAUCAAGCCCCAAGUCUCGAUAUUUCAUGUUUAAUGGAUACCAUUAAGAAGGGGAUCGACGAAAAGGUAAAACGAGAGGCUAAGCAUGCUGAACUUCUUGAAGAGCGCCUCGCCUUUGACAGGGCCCAAGCACAACGGCAAGAGAAGCAGCACCAGGACCAUCAACUAAUCAUGCAACAAUUGCUGGCAAGUCUCAUAAAAAAAUAG